AUGAAUAUUAUCAAAAGUACAAAAGUGUUAUUUCUAUACAAGUUUAUGCAACGUUAUGCAUCAUCACAAGCUUUAGCCGCUGAUUUAAAAAAUAUUGUGGGAAAUGAUAAUGUUGCAACUAGCACAGCUGUUCGAGAGCAACAUAGCCAUGAUGAAUCAUAUCAUCCAGGUCAUAAGCCUGAUGUUGUUGUUUUUGCACAAAGUACAGAUCAUGUUUCAAAAAUUGUUAAAUAUUGUGCAUCUAAACGUGUUCCUGUUAUACCAUUUGGUAGUGGCACUGGAGUAGAAGGUGGCGUCACUGCUCCUCAAGGUGGUGUAUGUCUUGAUUUAAGUCGUAUGGAUAAAGUAUUGUCAAUAAAUGCUGAAGAUUUUGAUUGUACAGUUCAAGCUGGUGUCACUCGAAAUGCAUUGAAUACAUAUAUUCGUGAUACUGGUCUUCAAUUUCCAAUAGAUCCUGGUGCAAAUGCAUCUCUUGGUGGUAUGUGUGCAACAAGUGCAUCAGGAACAAUGGCUGUUCGAUAUGGUACAAUGCGUGAAAAUGUUAUGAAUUUAGAAGUUGUUUUAGCUGAUGGUAGUAUUAUCAAAACAGCAGGACUCAAAGGACGAAGUCGAAAAACAUCAUCAGGUUAUAAUUUAACUAAUUUAUUUGUUGGUCAAGAAGGUACAUUGGGUAUUAUUACUGAAGCAACACUUAAAUUACAUGCAAUACCUGAAGCAGUUCUUGCUGCUGUUGCUCCAUUCAAAGAUUUACAAGGUGCAGUAAAUGCUACAGUUGCUAUUAUGCAAAGUGGUUUACCUGUUGCACGAAUAGAAUUUCUUGAUGAGAACAUGGUUGAUGCUUGUAAUCGUUUUUCAAAACUGAAUCUUGAUAUAGCACCAACAUUAUUUCUUGAAUUUCAUGGUAGUAAUAGUAAUAUUGAAGCUCAAGGACAAAUAGCAGAAGAAACAUGCAAAUCAUAUGAAUGUCUUCAAUUUGCUUUUGCUACAGAUGUCGAUAAACGUGCCGAAUUAUGGAAGGCAAGACAUAAUGCAUGGUAUGCUGCUCAAGCUUUGAAACCAGGUUCAAAGGGCUACAGUACUGAUGUUUGCGUUCCAAUUAGCGCUUUGUCCGGAAUAGUCACAUUUGCAAAAGAUGAAUUAAAACGAUUGAAUUUAUUAGGGCCCAUUGUUGGUCAUGUUGGUGAUGGAAAUUUUCAUGUAUUUGUUAUUGUCGAUCCAACAAAUCCGAAAGAAAUUGAACUAGUUCAUCAAUAUAGUAUGGCCUUAGCCAAAGAAGCAUUACGUGUAAGUGGUACAGUAACCGGUGAACAUGGUAUAGGAGUUGGAAAGAAAAAAUUAUUAAUUGACGAAUUCGGAGCAGCAGGAAUAAAUACAAUGAAAGCAAUUAAACAAGCACUUGAUCCAAUGAAUAUUCUUAAUCCUGGCAAAGUUUUAUAA